GCGGCGCCGGUCUCUAUCGGCACGAGCAGCCCGCCGCCGCUCGCCUACGCCCGCCGACGCUACGCGUGGCGCGAAGCGCCCCACCCGCUCCUCCAGCAGCGAGAGGCGGACGCCGAUGGGCGGCAGGCCGACGCCUUCUCCUCGCCAGCCAGCGGGCCCCUCCUCGCCCUCGUCGCCGACCACGUCGUGCGGGGCCGCGUCGUCUUCCCCGCCGCCGCCUACCUCGAGAUGGCUCGCGCGGCGUGCGUCGCCCUCUCUGGCGGCGGAGGCGGAGGCGCGUCGCUGCGGCGCGUCUUCUUCCUGCAGCCGCUCGUGCUGGACGGCGGCCUGAGCGAGGCGCGGGUGAGGGUGGGCGUGUACAAGGAGCAGUUCGAGGUGACCUCCGAGGGAGGCGGCGACGCGUCGACGGCUCACUGCGCCGGCGGCGCAUCGGCCGCGUCGGGCCAUCUCCCUGGCCUCUCGCUCGCCGCGGCUCGCGCCUCGUGCGGCGAGGCGGUCGACGCCGCCUCGCUCUACUCGCUGCUCCGCUCGGUCGGCCUCGAGUACGGCCCUCGGUACCGCACGCUCGAGGUGGCGGCCGUCUCGAGCGCCGGUGCCGCCGUCGGCCGGCUGUGCCGCCGCUCGCGCAAGGAGGGCACUCGCGUCCACCCGGCCGACCUCGACGGCUCGCUGCACCUGUCCUCGCUGCUCGCCUUGACGGCGGAGGGCGAGACGCGGCUGCCCUUCUCUGUGGGCGAGGCGGCGCUGGCGGAUGCGAGCGGCACGGCGUGGCCGGUGGCGGAGCGGGAGGGCGGCGGUGCGGUCGGGGUGGUCGUCGCCAGCGGCGCCGCCUCGGCGGGCGUGCGCCUGGCCGGCUUCGAGUCGCGUGUGCUCAAGGCGUCGCUCGAUGCGUCGGCGCAGCGCGUGCGGCACCUGUACGUCACCGAGUGGGAAGGGAGCGAGACACCUGUCACCGCCACGGCCUCGGUCCUCGUCCUGGGCUCGAGGCGAGGAGAGAGAGGCUUCGAUGAGGCAUCACCGAGCCCAGCAGGCAACACCGAGCGCUUCGGCGGCCUCUCCUUCGCAGCACCAGCGGCGGCGGGCCGGGCAGCCUCUUCGCCACUGACUACUCUCGAAGCAGCCUUGUCACUGCUGCGCGAGCGGCUGGCUUCAACUUCCUCUCCCCGCCUCGUUCUGCUGACCGCCGGCGCGCACGCUCACGGAGCCAGCGCCGCGCCCGGCUCCCACCACGCCGGCUCGCUCGGCCUCGCCCGCACGGCGCGAGCAGAGGGCGCCUCAGACCUGCACCAGGUCGACCUGGCGCCGGCGAGCGCAGCGCACGCGUUCGCCGUCGCAAGCGCUCUACCGCUCGACGAGCCCGACCUCCUCCUUCGCAAGGGGCUGCUUCUCGCGCCUCGACUGCAGCCCUGCACCCAGCCGCCCUCCGCCGAGACCGACGCGCCCACCCUCGGCUCGCACCUCCUCACCGGCGGGCUGGGCGGGCUGGGCCUCGUCACAGCCAGGUGGCUCGCAGAGAGCGGCACUGGUCGGCUCAUCCUCGCGUCUCGCAGCGGCGCCGUCGCCCCUGGCGGAGUGGCUGACCGGCUGCCGCCGCGCUGCACCGUCCUCGCCGCCAACGUGCGAAGCCGCCCAGCCGUCCAGCGUGGCGCGCCUUCUGUGCUGCCCGGCGAGCGGAAAUGGCGAUGCGGCCCCGCUCAUUGGCGGGUGGCACCCGGCGGGCGUGCUGACGAACUCCCGCUCGCGUCCCAGACGGGGGCGAACCUGCAACCCGUGUAA